AUGAGGCAACAUGACGGUCUUACAAAGACGUUGAAUGCUUCUGGAUACAAAGACAAGGUUCCCCAACGUAUUCAUGAGGAGAAUGUAGCCAAGCUUGCCACACUCAUGCAAGAACUCCUAUCCUUUGAACAAGCUAGCCAGCAUUUAGAACGUGAAAUUGGAGAAGCGUCUACAACUGAUAACAACUGA